AUGACUGGAGAGGAAGCACUGGAAGUGGUCAGGUCUGAGAGUCUCCCCGACGCCGCAAUUCCGCCGCGCCCAGACCCAGCCGAGCCGGUUCCUGUCCCGCCCCGCCGGGCGGCCGUCGACCGGAGCGCCCUGGCGCGGGGCCCGGGCCGGGGGGCUGCCGCGAGCCGGCAGCUGCUCGCGUGGCCGCUGCUUCUGCUCCUGCUGCCGCUGCCCGCCGGCGCCUGGUACAAGCACGUGGCGAUUCCCCGCUACCACACGGUGGGCCGCGCCGCCGGCCUGCUCAUGGGGCUGCGCAGCUCGCCCUACCUGUGGCGCCGCGCGCUUCGCCCGGCCGCUGGGCGCCUGACCUGGGACACCCUGUUCCCGGGGCUCGCCGCCCGUGACGCUCUCCUCCUGCUUCCCUCGGGGGUUCAGGAGGGGUGGGGACCGCGACACAGCAGCUCCCGGGCACGGCUCCCCGUCCAUGGACUCCGGAGCUUGCGCGCCCCGGGGUCCGCGCACGAACCGGGGCCGCAGCUGGACCUCCGCUCCCGGACCCCAGCAGAGCCGGCCAGAGACUUCGGAGAGACCUCACCCGCCCAGCCUUGGUUCCUGCUGCAGACCUCCUUCGCUGGUCCCCGCCUGGCCCCAGCACCGCCCUGA